AUGACGUUGGAGCGUCUGGCACAAUCUUGGGCCUCCCAAUGCCUUUUUAAGGCUCCCGACCCCUCCCUCUGUCCACUAUACUCCAAUGUUGGUUACAACAUUGCACUCGCCAGCGAAUAUAACCCAUCGCUGUCUGAAUAUGUCUGCCAGUGGCUGCGUGAAGCCCGGUUCUACAAUUUCAGUGCCAAUACAUGUCGCAAUGUCUGUAGCCACUACAAACAGAUCGUUUGGGCAAGCUCUGCCCGGUUGGGCUGCGCCGUGCAUCAAUGUGAUGGUCUCAAUCCCGAAUGGCCUGAUCCACAAUACCUCACCGUCUGUCUCUACAAGCCUGCGGGAAAUGAAGGUGAUCAAAGACCGUAUGAAUUCGGGCUUAGCUGCAACGGGUGUCCCACGGGAUGCUCGUGUCGGCGCAACCAAUGUGCGAAAGACUUUACCAUGGCGGAUCUAUACCCCACAUCGGUGCUGCAAAAUGCCAACGACAGAUCUGUUCCUCUAUGUCUGCCACCCAAAUCCUUCAGCAAAAUUAAGUUCCUGUAA